AGGUGGACGCGGGACUUUGGAGGAGUUUCUGAGAAGGUUUGAGGAACGACGAGAGCAGGAAGAAGAUGAGACGCAACCAGGACCGGAUCUGCCCAAACCAAAGGACAAGAAGAACAACGUGAUAAUCAGGGGCAUGAGCGCGGAGGAGCAUGCCCGGUUGCGCGCUCUCUUUGACGCGUACGACGUGGACAAGUCUGGGCGGAUCGAGCGGAGCGAGUUUCUGACCAUCUGCGCCGAGCUGCAGGUGCCCACCGCAGAGGCACAGCGGAUCUUCGAGCGCCUGGACGCGGACAGAGACGGCACCGUGAGCCUCGGGGAGUUUGUGAGCGGCUUCCAGCAGCGCUACGGGGCCGACAUGGAGGACCCCGAGGCGUUGGAGGGGUGCUCCGCCUGGGAUGGGUUCGAGAUGAGGCUCGGGGAACAGGCCAAGUAUAUCCCCAGGACAAACCAGGCGGCGAUUUUGUACCAGAACCUGAGCCUGACGGAGCCUCGUCUCAUCCCACAGUUUGAGAAAGUCCUCGUGAACUUCACCAAAGAAAUCCGACAGGUCAACAACGAGAUGGAGAACCUGGCUCUGGCCAUCAAACGAGCUCAGGAUCAGGCCACGAUGCAGCUGAGUGAGAUGGAAGAAGAGAUGGACCAUCGCAUCCACGCUGCAGAGAGGAAGACCAGAGAACAGGAGAAGAAGCGACUGGAGGCAGCGCUGAACGAGCUGAAGAGGAGCUACGAGACUGAAGUGUGUGAGCUGCAGUGUAAGAUCCAGAGAAUGCAGAUGGCUGAGGAAAAGUACAAGAACAUCGCUGUGAAAGACGAGACUCCUGCCCUCAAGAAGAAGAUCAAUGAGCUGAUGCUGGAGAACCAGCGUCUGAAACAGGAGCUGCUCCGCUCUCAGACUAAAGUGGCCUGUCUGCAGAGUGAGAUGGACUCUCUGAAAACAGAACUCACCGAUCAGAGCAUCAACUACGAGCGAGACGAGGAGCUGAUGAGGCAGUUUGCAGACGAGCGUGACAUUCUGGAGAGUCAGAUCGAGAUACUGCAGACGGCCAACAGGAAGCUGCAUGACAGUAACGACGGGCUGAGAGCUGCUCUGGAGAGAGUCACCAAGUCUUCUAAUGGCGGCUCACCAGAUAAGAACAGGAGCAAAAGUAUCUGCUACUCCUCCCCCAACACCAUCAUCGAGAAGUUCUGCCAGCGCAUGGACGACUACCCCCUGUACCCGCGCCGGCCGAGCUGUGACUCUCUGGCCCUGGCCCUGUGCGACCCGGGGCUGAGGAGGAGGAGGGGCAGCAGCGAGUGUGAAGAGGACAGUCUGCCCGAGGUGUUCACCGACAGCGGCCUCUCCACGCUCAGGGGCUCCCACGCCGGCGCCGAGUACGAGAUGGAGGUGGAGGAGGAGGAGAAAGACGACAGGAGGAGGGGGAACAACAGAACAGGGGACAGUAUCAUGGAGGAGACGGAGACCCUGGACGCAGAGUCGGCCAUCGGCUCUGACAGCAGCUCGGUCCUGGACUGGAAACCUGCGGAGACGUCCAGUGUGACCGCCCCAGAGCCCAAAGUGCGGAGGACUCUCAGCGCCAUUCACAUACAGAAGGAGAGCAUGGACGGUGUAGACCUGGGCUACAUGACCUCAGAGAAGGCGUUUCGUCUGGUUUUGGCCGGAGACGCGGCGGUGGGAAAGUCCAGCUUCCUGCUCCGACUCUGCAAGAACGAGUUUAAAGUCCACUCCAGCACCACUCUGGGAGUUGACUUCCAGAUGAAGACUUUAAUCGUGGAUGGGGAGCCAACAUUACUUCAGAUCUGGGACACGGCGGGACAGGAGAGGUUUCGGAGCAUUGCCAAAUCAUAUUUCCGACGCGCAGAUGGAGUCCUGCUGCUUUAUGACGUCAGCUGUGAAAAGAGCUUCUUAAAUGUGCGUGAAUGGGUCGACAUGAUAGAGGACGUGUCUCCAGAGGACAUUCCCAUCAUGCUCGUGGGCAACAAAUGUGACCUGCGACAGGAGGGGCUCCCCUGUGUGUCCAGCACCUACGGAGAGAAACUGUCUAUGACGUACAACACUCUGUUCUGUGAGACGAGCGCGAAAGAAGGCUCCAAUGUCCUGGAGGCAGUCCUACAUCUGGCCCGACAGGUCCGAAAGUACCACACAAAUGUCAAGACCACGCGGCGCCAGUCUCUGCCCAGUCUGGACGCGCCGAGGAAGAAACCACAGUUUUCCUGCUGCACCUGAUCAACGCCCUCCGAAAAAAAAAAAAAAAAAAACACGGACUAUUUUAACCAAACGAGACGGGAAUAUCCGGAAUUCUGCAAAAUGGCUUCAGCUCAGGAUUUGAAUCUUAAUCUCUUUUUUUUUUUUGACAAGUUAAAAGACGCGCUAUGUAAUCUUCGCUCUUACGGUAUCCUAUGGUGUUCGUCACGUUUUGUUUGUCUCCAUGGAGAUGUCACUGGUUUGUCUGGAAUGUUUCGCAGUGUGGCAUUAUCUGUAUCUAUCUUUUAUUUGUUCAGUCACAGGUGCAAGAAAAAACUAAACAAAACAUGAAUUCCUACUGAUUUCACAAUUCUGAGCAGGGAACUCGGGCCUCGUGGUGUCGCCGUUUUGUGUAAUGCCGCACGGAGGAACAUUCCAGGCACGGUGUAGCCACGACAUCUCCAUGGCGACGAGCAGGUCCACCAGAAAAGUUACACAGAGCGCCUUUUUAAAGUGUAGUUACUUGAUGUUUGUUAGUGUUUCCAAUCCAAUUAAUCUUGUAUUUAUUUAUUUUAAACCAGACCAAAAUGUAAUGAUACAAGUUAAAGCUGCACCGUGGAACUUUUCUGGUGUGGGCCUGCUUGUCGCUUAGGAAUGUUGCGCACUGUGGCAUUAAAAUACCCAUGGAGACGAGAAAGUUACAGGUCAGAUGCCGCCUCAGUACAUAUUUUUCAAGUUAUUUUAGCGAUAAAAACACCUGUUAUUGAGUAACUGCAUGGACGAUAACGUUAAUGCCAUACUGCGGAACAUUCCAAACCCGGUGACAUACCUCCACCAGAAAAGUUACAUAGAGAAUCUUUAAAAUUGAGUGAUUUCAAGCCAAGUUACACAAAAAUAGUAUAAGGAAAUUGCGAGAAAGAAUUAUAAUUUUUCAAGCUUUCAAAGUCGGAUCUUUGGCAGUUUUAUCCGGCAAAAAACAAAAAAAAAUGCCUGUAUUUGAGUUUCUUGCUAAACCAUGAAACAUUCUAGGUAACAUCACCAUAGAGACAAGCAGAAAAGUUACAUGGAGCACCUUUAAAAGUGAGUGAUUUCAAGCCCAGUUAUGCAAAAACAGUACAAGGAAAUUGCAAGAAAGAAUUGCAAUUUUUUGAGCUAAAGUUAAAGCUGCACUGUGUAACAUUUCUGGUGAGGGUUCGUUUCCCACCUGCUUCAGUAACUGUAAUGUUCCACAGUAUGGCAUUAAAAUCGCCAUGGAGACAAGCAAGUGCAAGUGGACGCCACCGGUCCAAGUUACAGGUCAGAUCUUUGGCAAUUUUAUCCAGCAAAAAAAAAAAAACUUCUGUAUUUGAGUUUCGUGCUAAACCGUGAAACAUUCCAGGUUACAUCACCAUGGAGACAAGCAGUAAAGUUACACAGUGCCUCUUUACAAAUUCUACCCCCUAUAUAACAUAUUAAAAACGCCGUCAAAACUCAAAUUAAGAUAAAUAUUUUGAAUUCAAGUCAUUUUAAGCCAUUUUAGGUUUUCCUACUCGUUCAUGUUUGACACAAGAUUUUAUUUCUUUUUUACAUUUUUAAAUUUUAAAUGUUUACAGUGUUUGUUUUUACCUGCAUUUCAAGACAACUGGGUGAAUUGGUGGACAGAAAUUGAAAAUUAAUUUACACAGGAGUGGUAAGAUAAUUAUUUUCAUUUUCACAGUUGGAAUUUGAAAGUUAUAAAGUUAAAGACGGGGUAUUAUGCAAAAUGUAUUUAUUUUUUGUGCUUUCUCUGAUGUUAUAAUGUCGUUCCCUCAUCAAAAACGUGCUGAAGAGGUUUUAGAGUCAUCCAUGCAUGUUUGAGUAAUUUAGCGAUCUCUCCUGGGCCAUUUUUGGAGACCCGCACCCGCGCAGUACAGCACCACACCCGCCCGUAAACUCGUGAUUAUAUCAACGUUAAACCUAGGACUGAACCAGGACUGAACCAUGACUGAACCACGACUGAACCAGGAGGGCUAAACCACGACGGAUUCCAGGACUAAACCAGGACUAAACCAAGACUUGAACCAGGAGGACUAAACCAGGACUUGAACCAGGAGGACUAAACCACAACGGAUUCCAGGACUAAACCAGGACUAAACCAAGACUUGAACCAGGAGGACUAAACCAGGACUUGAACCAGGAGGACUAAACCAGGGCUAACCUAGGACUGAUUCCAGGACUGAACCAGGAGGACUGAACCAGGAGGACUGAACCAGGAGGACUGAACCAGGAGGACUGAACCAGGAGGACUGAACCAGGAGGACUGAACCACAAUGGAUUCAAGGACUAAACCAGGAGGACUGAUUCCAGGAGGACUGAUUCCAGGAGUACUGAUUCCAGGAGGACUGAUUCCAGGACUGAUUCCAAGAGGACUGAACCAGGAGGACUGAACCAGGACUGACCCAGGACUAACCUAGGACUGAUUCCAGGAAUGAACCAGGAGGAAUAAACAAGGACUAACCCAGGGCAAAACCAGGACUCACUGCGGGGUCGGACAGAGCGGUGCACUUGUGUAAACUGUCGGGUGACCACGGGCGAAAGGACCACCGUAGAGCUCCGCACCGUCGUCAUCGCCCGAUCGCGCUUUGUGGAUACUCUCUCUCGCGUUCAAGUUUAGACCUGGUUUAGUCCUGGUUUAGUCCUGGUUUAGUCCUGGUUUCAUCCUGACCCAUCCGUGUGUAAUCACUACUCGCCCACAUACCUGCCCGUAAAAUUUCAGAACGUUAAAACCCAUUUCAGCAUCUAAUUGACCGUACUCAGUUGCGUCACUUUUUAGAUUCUGUCCAAAGUUCCACCUACAAACCUACGUCACCCGUUGUCCCGCACGACAAUUCUCCAAAAAUCUACAAAAACAUGAUACAAAACUGUGCACAACAACUUGACAAACCUGAUGCAUGUUGAUUGUGUUGUGAUAGCGCUCAGAAGGGGGAGUAACUUAGUAUGGAGAGCAAACGUAAAUGCAUAAUACCCCCUCUUUAAGUGAUUUUUGAAAUAAUUCCACUUUAUCAUUAAUAAUAAAUAAGCUUGAAUGUAAUUUAAGGAUGGAUUAGGCAGGUGGACACGUCAGGUACAUGUUAAAUUGUUCUUUUUAAAUGUAUGUUUAUCGGUUUUAAAGUGAAAUAUUUACAAACUGUUCAAAACCCGAAACAUAUUUUGCUUUUGUAUCGUCAAAAUCACAAUAUUUAAUUUCACGAUAAUCUUGGUACAAACCCUUUCAGAGGAACAUUAGAUUAGAUUACAGGUUAGUUUUAGGAAUAAUAAUAACGACAAUGAGGCGCUUGAUCUAAUGACCUGAAGUUGACCUUUGACCCGAGAGCACAGAAUUAUGGGAAGUGAAGUUUUGCACACGUUUGCCACUUUUUUAAAAUUACCUUACAGUGUUAUUUUUAUGUUUUAACGUCCAAAAUGUUCAUUAUUUUACAUUAUUUUUACGAAAGUAUGAUAAAUAUAACCUACUAAUUAAAUAAAUAAUAAUAAACGUGAAUAUUUAAAAUGUUAUUGUUCUGUUGGAGGUUGCCACUUUACGUUUCUCUUAAAUAAAGCCUUAAUAAAGUAUGAACAAAGACUUAAAGUGCAUUUGACAUAUAUAUAUUUGACACGUUUUCUAAUUCUGACUUGGUUUUAUUGUUCGUUCAUUCGUGUUUCAAAAUAAAACCAAAAAUGAGAAAACGAAAAAACAACGAUUUUUCUUCAUCAUUUGUCUCCAAAACCAAAAUGAAAAAUCGGAUAAUGAUUCAGUUUUUUCAGUUUUUGAUUUUGCGUUUCCCGUUUACAUGACUUAACGGACUUGCCCGGACUUUUGUGCCGCAUACGGACUGAACCAGGACUAAACCAGGUCUCAGCCAGGUCUAGUUCCGGUCUAGUCCCAGUCUCACUUCUGGUCUGGUCCUGGGCUCAGUCUCAGUCCUAAACCAGGACUAAACCAAGACUACACCAGGACUGAACCAAGAGUGUCAGGAUGGGUCCGGAGGUUCA